AUGGUGGAGCUCAGUGAGGACCCAGCACGACACGACCACCUUUCUCAAAGUAUCGUCAGCUGCUUCCAUGCACCCGGUGUACCCAAGUCAAUCGGCGGGGCGGUAGAUUUCAGCCAAUUCGUCAGUGUCAUGGCCCACCGGGAGCAAGGGUGCAAGUUCAACACACUUCAAGACGAGCUGAGAAGUGAGGGCCUAGCCGCGGCAAAGGCGCACUUCGCCGACAUUUUUCGCAAGGAGGUCGUCGUACGGAAGCUUCUGGACGCCGGAGGAACGGCGGGUUUCAUGUGCUCGGCCUUUCAGAUGCUUUUCAAGGCCGGAGGGCUGGCCACAUCUUCGAGUGAUCGCACCCAGAAGCUCCGGCUCCUAGAGGAAACAGACAAAUCCAAGCGAUCAAGAAAACUGGAGUGCACGAGGGCCAAGCAGGCGAAACGAAAGCUUUUCGCCAGCGUUCAGCUGAAGAAUCAAGCCGUUCGAGAGGCGACAGCGGUGCUGGGACUUCACCACGCCCCGUUUCCACCGAUGGACGGCAGCCCCGUCACUCGAACGGCGAACACAUUUCGAGGCCGAAGGUGGGGGGUCGGCAGCAACGGCACCGGCUCUAGCGCUGCUGUGAAAAAAUUUAACAUCGGUCUUGCGGCCGGGGGGUUCGUGCGAUACCCGUCGGCGAGUGUACGUAGGCUUCGUCGUCACCGCCGACAACGCCUUCCACCGGCAGCAGGCUUGCCGCGGUGGGGUCGCGGAAAUCGUGGUGUCGUCGGUAGCAUCGUGAUGGAACCGACUGACCUGGGCAGCAAGGGCGUCCGUGCCUUCGCUGUUACCUCCCGUCGAAAGGACACCAUCCUGAAGCGCACUCCGCUGUGCGGCCGAAGCGCGAUGGCGACGCUGCCGUCAUGGGCCUCGUGCGAAAACUCCGCUUGCGACCCCGGAACGGGCCCCCCGCCUCCGCUCCGACAGGAUACCGCAAGCAUUGCGAGCUCUGCCGGACAGGGCGACAAUAGUUACCGGCGAGGCGAGGCGCACGAAUUUCUGAUGCACUCUGGGGUAAGAGGUACAGACGCGGUUGUUGGUGGUGACAACACCCUGGGAGGCGCGAUAUCAUCGCUGCCGAAAGCCGGAGAGAUUGACGCCGCACCGCUAUCUGCGACAAGUCUCGACGAGGAAGAGUGGCGGCGGGCGAUGAGUCUCGGGGGGGAGGAUUGGUGGAAGGAGCACCACCCGUUGUUCUCCCCGCAAUUUUCGUGCGGUCUUUCGGCGGCAACAACAACGAUGACGCACUCCGUCAAGACGAUAGCCACCACGAUACCAACGGCCACGACGCGUGAAGCCUCUCACGACCCCCUCGUCAAGUCGAGGGACAUCUGCAGCAGGGUCAGCAGCAGCAGCACUAUCAGCCUUGAACCCUCCCGGAAGACAGUCCACCUUGAUGGCAGUAACGUCCAGGAGUUCCAUCCCGCCGAAGAAUCCGUCGCAGGGAAGGUGGGACGGGGGCUGCUGCUACCGAAGAGGCCGGAGAACCCGACGGUGAGAGCGAGGGAGGGAAGGAGGCCAAACGGUUGUCGGUUCCUUCGAGGAAGAGGGGGAGGAGGAGGCGGUGCGAAGGCGGCGUGGCCACCCCCGACUCCGUGGCGUGCGCCUCGCCUCGUGAGAUGCAUGCGACGCCCUGACCCGACACUCGGAGGCGGCCAUUUGUACAACAACGGCUAG